AUGGAUUUUCUCAAGAGCGCCCUCAAGGAGCAGGCUGAAAAGUACGCCAGCCAAGCCGCCGACAACGAUGAAGACAAGGAGGUCCUCCAAAGCUCUGCACAGGCCGUCCAUCAAUCCGGCGUCGCCACACCCAAAGAAUCCGACAUCCACGCAGCCAGCGCCGCCCACGAGAAGGUCUACCAACAAGGCAACACCGCCGAAGCCACAGACGAUGAGCUCGGAAAGGCUGCCGGUGUCCAAGCCUUCAAGGCCUACGAAAAUUCUGAAGACGAUGACGAUGAGAGCGAUCGUUCCGGUGGUGGUGGACAGGGCAAGUUGGUCCAGAUGGCCAUGGCGGAGGCUAUGAAGAUGUUCUCGGGCGGUGGAGGCCAAGAUAAGGGCGCUGUUGUUCAGUCGGCGAUUGCGAUGGCUAUGCAGUUGUUUGCUGGCAAGUCUGGUGCCGGCGGUGGAGGAGUCGCGCAGUUGAUGGCUAUGCUUGGAGGUGCAAAGAAGGGUGGGGACGAUGGUGAGCAGGGCGGAAGCGGUGGAAUGAUGGGUAUGCUUGGACAGGCUGCUUCUAACCCCCAGGUGUCUAGCAUGUUGAAGAAGUUCAUGUAA